UUGGCGACCUUCUUUCCCUCUUCUAACUUCAGCUCACAUUGCCCCAAUCCCAUAGUAAUAAUUCUUAAACAUGGCGUCGUCGCACACCCUCUCCUCCUCCAUGGAAGCAGCCAUCUCAAGCUCCAAUCGUGUCUCCAGGUUUUCAGAAACCCCUCCAGUAUUUCAAUCCAUCAAUCCAUCUAACAGGCGCAGUAUUUGUUAUCCAAAAAUUAGUUUUAGCCCGCCUUCAACUUGCUCUUUUGGCGGCUGCUGCUCUCCCCGUCUGGUGGUUAGCCGUGCUGAACUCUCGGGUGAAAGCGGUUGCGAAGAAGAGGAUAUUAAUGGGUUGAAGAAUGAUAAUGCGUUUGGCUUAGUUCCUGAAUCAACUUUUUCGUUGUCCCAGUCCAUUACUCGUAACUCUAAAUGGCUACUUCAACUUUGUUGUGAUGGACUCUCUCAUAUUAUGAAGGAUAAUACAGAUAAACAAGAAAUAAACAGAAAUGAUUCGAAUCAAGCUUCAAAAGUGGUUUCACCCCUUGAGCACUCAACUAGUGGCGGUACAAGGGCUGGGCUUUUCAGAACUCCCAUUUCUGGAGGGGUACAAAGUGCAACCUCAGCUCAUGGCCUACCUAAACCUGCCUUAGCUGUCCGCAAUCUAAUGGAGCAGGCUAGAUUUGCUCAUUUAUGCACUGUGAUGUCGCGGAUGCAUCAUCGACGAGAAGGCUACCCAUUUGGAACACUUGUAGAUUUUGCGCCAGAUUCUAUGGGGCAUCCAAUAUUUUCAUUCUCGCCAUUAGCUAUACACACCCGUAAUUUGCUAGCUGACCCGAGAUGCACAUUGGUUGUACAGAUUCCAGGAUGGAGUGGUUUAUCUAAUGCAAGGGUCACGAUAUUUGGUGAUGUCUAUCCACUACCUGAAGAUCAACAGGAAUGGGCACACAAGCAGUAUAUAGCAAAACAUCAGCAAGGUCCUUCUCAACAAUGGGGAAACUUUUUUUACUUUAGGAUGCAAAAUAUAAGCGAUAUAUAUUUCAUUGGAGGCUUUGGAACUGUUGCUUGGGUGGAUGUCAAGGAGUAUGAGUCACUUCAUCCUGAUAAAAUUGCUGUUGAUGGUGGUGAACAAUAUCUUAAGGAGCUCAAUGCAAUAUUUUCAAAGCCUCUAAAAGAUCUUUUAGCACAAGAAAGUGAGGUGGAUGAUGCCGCUUUGAUCUCAAUAGAUAGCAAGGGGACAGAUAUUCGUGUCCGUCAAGGGGCACAGUUCAAUGUACAAAGAAUAUCAUUUGAAGAAGGCCAUUCAGUUGAAACACUAGAAGAAGCCAAAGCAGCACUCUGGAAAUUGAUAAAUGGAGGCCGACUUCACAAUUUGCAGAAAUGAAGAUUGCAAAAUGCUAUCUAUUUAACUUAAAGGAGUCAAAAUGAUCAGUGGAAUAGCCUGUGUAAGGUUGGCGGUUAUGGCAUUACAAGAAUCAGUUUUGUCACCUUUUUUUUGCGGAAGUAUUAACUUAUAGCCUUAUAGAGGGUUAAUGGUUGUGGGUGUGCUGAGUUCUUCAGAAAACUGACUUCUACCGACCUAAAUUUGCAAUGUAAGGUUGGUGAUGGUGUUUCAAGAAUGUUCUCAUCACAUUUUCUGUGCUAUAGUAUGAACUUGUA